AUGCAGUUGCGUAAUUAUUGUUUUAAUAAUACCAAGAUUUUGUUAGUUUCAGCUCCUAAAACUGGUAUAUUUGGAGCCGCAGCUAGUGUGGUAACCACUACUGCACCAACAACUACUACAGCAACUGCAGCAGCAGCAACUCCAUUUUCAUUUGGCACUUCAGCAGCUGCGAAUAAAUUUUCAUUGUUCGGUAAAACACCAGAACAGUCAGGUGCUGCUCCAACAACAACGACUGCAGCAGCAACAACAGCAGCAACCGCGUUUGGCAGUACACUGACCGGUGGAAGUACAAUGGCCCUGGGAGCAAAGCCCACCGUUUCUGCUGCUACUACUACUUCAGCUCCUGCGGAACCUACAUUCGCUUUCGGCACUUCAGCCCCAGCAGCGCCAGUGACAACAGGGCAGCCUACUGUCAGUCCGUCAUUUCCAUCGUCAACGACUAUGGCACCAAAUCUAGCAACAUCAAUUGCCGGUGCGCCAACAACUUCUACAGUCACAUCGGCUGGUUCCACGCUUUCCUCGUUGCUAUUCCCCUCCAAAACUACGGCUGCAGGCACUGGAACAGCACUCACAGCAACGACUGUUGCGCCUGUUUUAGGCACAAGCGCCCUAGCAACAACUGGCACACCUGCAGCAGCAUCUGUUUCGUCUGAUAAGCCGAUGACAUAUGCGCAGCUGGAGCAACUUGUAAAUCGUUUAACGCUUGAUGUCGAGACACAGCAACAACUGUUCAUGUCACAAGUGCUUGAUAUUGGCAAAGAGGUGAAACAACUGGAAGAAGAAAAGAACCGAUUUUUGCAUACAGUUGAUUUCAUCUCACAACAACAGACCGAACUUGAAACAUUGGUUGUGGAUCUGGAAAAAUCACUCGGUCUCGGAGAUUGGACAGAAAUGACACCAAUCGGACUACCGGAUCCAGGGAUUAGUACCCAUGCAGAUGUGAAACGACAAGAGAUGUAA